AUGAAACAACCGAACAAUGGAAAAAGUCUGGCAUCACAGGUUUUGAUGGCCAAAGCGCUUGAUCACACCCCGCAAGGCUUGGAACUGCAACCAAAAGUGAAAGUAAACCGUGAAAACUCGCUAUUUUUGAUUUCGUACACAGAUGCCAACGCUUCAAGGUUACCAAUUGUUCUGCCGUCUUUUCAAAAAUUUAAUGUGUCAUUGUACAUUGACAUACCGACGAUUGACUACUACAACGACCAGCUCACGCAUAAUCGGUUCUCCAAGAUCAACAAGAAAUUCAAAAUCCAUAAAUUGAGGGAACGAAUUUUCGCCAGUAUCACGGAUUUUGACGAUUCCGUUUGGGACUCACUGCUGCAACGCUCUUCGUCCGAUUGGCCCGUGACCGUCACGCUGUCCAUAUCGUCCAGUGGUGCACUCCGGUACGUUGAAACGAUCAAAUUCCUCGUAGAAUCGUGCUGGCAUCGCAUACAAACGCAUAAGCCAAUAUCUCGAUUUGUUCACGCCGUGUUCAAAAUCCAAGUUUCUCCAACCUCUCUUAUCUGGUUUAAGACUUUUCUCAGCAAGGAACUGCUGGCAGGCGCCAAUGUUGAGUUCGAGGUCAUCGGCAACUACAAUAUGAUCACAUCGUCUACUACACCGUUUAAAGAGUACUAUACCAAACUCACAGAGAAAUUCAAUACCCAAAAACACUCAGUCUCCAUUAAAGCUGGACCAACGGAAAGUGGUAAAACUCUGGAUUCCAUCAUUGUUGUGACCAACAGCACUGGUGUAAAGGCUCUGCUAACCAUUUUAUCGGACAAGCCCCUGACCAGUUAUCUCUCAAACGAUUCUUUGAAAACACUGCAUAGUAAUCCUCUACAGGAAAAGACAUCGAAAGCACAAGACGCUGAACCCACAGACAGUGAAGAUGAAGAGACACCUUUGAAACGAGAUUCUUCUUCACUUCUGAACUUCCAGAACUCUUUGCUGACAUCAAACAAGGAUAAGGCUGUCAAAAUAAGAACUUCACCAUAUACUCUGUCCAAUCCUCGUGCAGCAAGAUCCCGCUCUUCUAACGUUUUUGACCUAGCUAGGGAGAGCAUGAGCCCGGAGAAAAGUAGUGAAGAACUGCAACCGUUUGAGCGCGAAGAAGAAUCUGAAGAUGACGACGACGAAGAUGAAGAUGAAGAUGAAGAGGAGGACGAAGACGACGACGGUCUGAGCUUUUCGGUGCCGAGCAGGCUAUCGCGCUGUGGAUCGGAAACGGAUUUCACAACCGCAAAGUCUCCUGAAGCCGAAUCUACCGCUCGCAGGUUUAGAUCAUUAAGUUUGAUGGAUCCAGCUUUACAAGCACCUUUCACACAGACUGAAUCAUUGUCACACGACUUUCCUGGGCAACAAGGGUCAAGAAGCCGCAAUCCUCCAACAAUGGAGUUUGCUGAGGACGAAAUGAGCUCUCCCAACGCCAAUCGGCUGCAUCAGGGGUGUUCUAAUAUAUACGUCCACGACGGCCAUUUUGGGGAGGAACCUAUUUCGACGGUUCCAAGGCGUGGCCGGCGCUUGCCCCGCCCAAAGUCGGCAACGAACGUUAGUGUUGGGCUUAUUCCACCGGAAUUUUUUUCGAGACUUUCAUCUCCAUCUUCCAGCAAUAGCAGCUCUAACACGUCUUUGAGUAAUCUUAGCAUUUUGCCUGGUACAUUUUCGAAACUUUUGAGCACACCUGGUGAUUAUAGUGCCGGCGAGGAAGAAGGAUCCUUGGGGUCUUCGUCGCAACUCGCAAACAAGCCAUCGCCUCAGCAUUUCACGGUAAGUCCUCUAGCACCGCACGACAUGAAUCGAUUUGCCUUGAAUUUCAGAGCGAAUAAGCCGAUACCAAUUAACGCGAAGGUUUUAGAUGACGAGGAUCGGAUGAUGUUUGGGAGUGUGAGGGCGAACGAACAAACGUCCGAUGAAGAUGCUAAAUCGAAUCCAGAUUCCAUAUCGACGCUUGUGGACGCCAAUGGUAAUGCUACUUCUGAGUCACCUUCGCUAAAACCGCUGAAUUUGCAGAUAUAUGGAGACGAAGAGUCCACAUCACGUUCGCAGUCGCGUUCCGGCUCAGUCAAGCCUCUGACACCCGCUAAGACAACAUACAAGAAGCCGAAAUUCACGCUUGACCUUUAUAACGAUGACGAAAUGCAAUCCAAUGGGGGCUGGCUUCUAGGCGGGUUUGCAAGAUAA